CAAGCGAUAGAGUUGUACGGUCGAAAUUGACUACCCGAGUCGGUGUAUGUGAUUUGUGUGUCGGUUAGAGCAAAGAAGCAAAAAAGAAUUUACGAGGAAUAUCAUAAGCAAUCAAAGAACACGAUCACUCAUCGUUUUAUCGGUUCUUACAAAUGGAGCACAGUCAUAAGAAUACAGAUUGCUACUUUUUUUAUUAUUCUACAUGCAAAAAGGGUGAACUCUGUCCUUUUAGACAUGAACCAUCAGCUUUGGGUUGCGAAACAAUGUGCUCCUAUUGGCAACAGGGUAAUUGCCUUAACGAGCAUUGUAGCUUUAGGCAUAUGGAAUUGAAAAAAAACCGCAAAUCAAUUCCAUGCUAUUGGGAGACGCAACCUAGCGGAUGCAGGAAACCGCAUUGUCCUUUUCUUCACAAGAAUGUUCGAGCUAUAUAUGAUCCGAUUAACCCAGUCAAAGCAACUGAGGUAACGUCAAAACCCAUCAAUCAGGAUUGGGUAAAUCGUCAAGAUGACGCAAAAUACGACACAAGCAGUGCAGAAUCAGAUCAAGGUAGAGGAAGCAGCGAAGCUGGCAGUUUCAUUGGCAGUCCAGCUGUCGAUCCUCUUAUCGUCAAAUUUGGAGAAGAAUCGGACAAUGAAAGCAUACCUUCGCCAGUAAAGACGCAGCCACGACAAAGAGUGCCCUACUGCAAGACCUACGAGGAGAUCAGGCUGGAGGAGAUACAAGCGGAAAGUGCAGCUUAUUAUUCGUACAACGAUGAGGAUGAUAGUCAAGUUGUUGCUAAACAACCCGUGGGAAAAUAUUGUUCAGUCAUGAACAAUCAAUAUCCCAAGGUUGUUUAUAAUAAAACAACAACAAGCAAACCUGUUGUACUAACUCAAGGUAUUCGAAGAAAAAUUCAAGCUGAUACGUCAACGAUCAAGAUUCAAAAUGAAGAAGAGAAUAACGUCGAGGAAGACGAAUCUAUGAUGCCAGAGAAGAAAAGAAGAAAGGUUGUUAAUAACGAUAAGAAGAAAGAUAAUGAUACCAAUGAAUUGAACUUUGGUAUUUUAUCAUUGGAGGAAAUACGUAAACGCAAGAAACUUAAAACAUUGGAGAAAGGCGUUGAAUUGUUAGAAAACGUUAAAUCUAAUCUGUCCAAAUUGUUCGAUGAAAGUACUCCUCCUCCUACUCCUCCAACCAAUGAUCUCUCGGAGAAUCCUACUAAAACUAACGACUUAACUACCCUUCGAAUAUCCAACGUUACGUUAACAAUUAAUCGAGGCGUUAAGGGAGUUUUAGAAAAGGAUAAAAGAACGAUAGAAUCUGAUGAAAAUAAUCGUAGGGUUAAAGCUAAAUUAGAUAACAAUAAUACCGAAAGUUUUACCAAAGUACCACCUGUUAGAUUACGAAGAUCAUCGAAGAGACAUCUCAAUAAUAUCACAACCAACGAAACCGUCAUUUCUAAGCAACAACAGCAAGGUAUUAUUCCUACGACGAUUAUAAACGAUAACAAUUUAUUGUUAACGUCUGAUCAAACGUCUGUUCUAAGUGAUACAAAAAUGAACGAGAUGGAUGUAGAUAAUGAAAGGAUUGAACAAAAUUUAACUGAGAGACUCGAUGAAAAUUUGGACGUUAGAGUUAACAUGAGAGAUCAUUCUAAUAGUAAAAGAAACGAAGUUGAGGUACGAUUAUGCGAUAGCAGUACGGACGAGGAACGUAUGAUAAUCGAGGAUGAAUCUAAAACAUAUAAUAAUUAUGAUGAAAACGAACAAGCCAAAACCGUGUCAAUGGACACUAUUAUUGAAGAUUCGAAAGCUAGCAGAUUUUCCUAUGAUAGUUUGCUAAACAUUAACGAAGACGAAUAUCUUACUCUCGAUACUGCAUCAGAUGAUAUUCUCAAGGACAUAGAUGCACUACUCAAAGACAAACCAGUACUUUGAACUAAUUACUUCGGAGAUUAUCAGGCGCAAUUGGAUUACCUCGGACGAAGAAAAUCAUUUUUAGUACUUAAGUUUUUCUUCUUCUUUAUCGCAUUCACAUCUUUUUCAUCUUAUCAUUUUGUAUUUUCAUCAUCGUCAUUUUCUUCCUUCCUCCCUUACACCUCUUCUGCGGUAUGGAUGACAAAACACAGAGAGAGAAAGAGAAAGAGAAAGAGAAAGAGAAAGAGAAAGAGAAAGAGAAAGAGAAAGAGAAAGAGAAA